AUGCUUUUGACCUCUUUACUAGAUUCCGUUUCCAUUUUUUCCAUACGUCUAGAAAAUAAAGGCCUGGGUUCUGUGCUUGUUGCAAAUGUAACUGCGCAUACUACUGGAGAGUUAUUGUUGGAGAAUUACCAAAAGUGCAUAGGAUGCGGGAGCGGCAUCUUUUCCUAUGUGCUUGUAUACAAUGACAAGGAUAUUCAGCUUUCAGAUACAUUUAAGGAACUGGGAAUUAAGGAAGGAGAUCUGAUUGAGCUUUUAUAUAAUGAAGGUAUAAAUUCAAAGAGAUUAUAUAAAAGGGAGUCUAAUUUUACACCAGAUAAGCCAAGAAGUUUGAUGACAAUCUAUCUGAAGACGCCUACAGGAAAAACGGAACUAAAAGUAUACUGGAGUGAUACAAUUAUUCAAAUUAAGGAGAUGAUCCAUGAUUUAGUAGGAAUUUCCCCGCAAAAGCAAAUGCUUACUUUUAAUGACGUUGAAUUGAUAGAUAAUUAUACUCUGUCAUAUUACAAUAUACAAAAGGGAUCGACAUUAUAUAUGACUUCUAAAGAAACGCUAAUUUACAUAAGAGCAUUGACCGGAGAAACAAUAAAACAUGACUCAACGUCAGAUGAAACCAUCCAUAAAAUUAAAUUAAUGAUUAAGGAUAAAAAAAACAUUCCCCCAAUAAUGCAACGCAUUACAUUUAAUGGAAACGAAUUAGAUGAUUAUUGCACCCUGUCAUCUUACGAAAUCAAAAAUGAGUCUAUGAUUUACUUAGAGAUUAAAUCAAUGAUUUUCGUGAAAAAAAACGACGGAUUAAUUAUAAACCUAGAAGCGGAAACAAAAGAAACAAUUGGACAGAUUAAAGAAAAGAUUCAAGACAAAGAAGGCAUCCCUCUAGAUCAACAAUCUCUUUUUUUUUAA